AUGAAGAGUGAAGGCAUCCCGAGUCGUACUCAGGAGACUAAAUACAAUUGGUUUCAGAAGUACACAAUUAUAUUUAUUAGUUCCUUGUGCUCAGUAGUUUACUCAACCAUCUUAUGUACUGGUGCAAUAAUCCAUAGUUGGUAUCAAGGGCUUGAAGGGGAAAAUAAGUUGAAGCCUCCAGAUGUUGAGGUAAGAAGCCAUGGGUAUGUACCGAGAGUAGCAUUUGAAAACAUAAAGUCUCUCAAGGCAACUAGUGAUUUACAGUACUACCUUCAAGCAUUAGAUUUAGAUUUGGAAGAGUACGACGUUACCACGCCAGAUGGGUAUAUUCUAAUCUUACAUCACAUAAUCGAUCCUAAAGAAACCAAAAAACAAAGGGAUUUGAGGAAACCAGUCUUCCUCCAGCAUGGGCUAUUGUCCUGUUCAGGUACGUUUAUCGCAAGUGGGCGCAAUUCAUUGGCAUAUUACUUCCACGAGCAAGGGAAAGAUGUGUGGAUGGGAAACAACCGUUCAUGGUUUAAGGCAAGGCAUGCCACCAUUAAAGGCAACUUGUACAAUAGUGAAUUAUAUUGGAAAUGGGGAAUGAAGGAAUUAGCUUAUCAGGAUUUGCCUGCUAUGAUUGAAACUGUAAUGAGCAUGAAGCCAAAACAUGACAAACUCACAUUAUUCGGACAUCUGCAAGGCGGUCUUCAAAGCUUUCUCAUGUUGCUGAAUCCCGAAUUUUCCUUCAUUCAUGAAAAGAUUGAUUUAUUUGUGCCAUUGGCGCCAGCGAUAUAUCCUGGUCAAUUGUUCUACACAAGAUCAUUCAUCAAAAUUCUCGUCAAAUUGCCUAAGUCUGCGUGGACGACUAUAUUUGGAUUCUGCGCCAUGCUUCGAAAUUUGUGUCUCAUUCGUGAUUACAUCGCUCAAACAUGGUUGUUUGGUAAGCUAUCUUACUAUAUGUUUAAAUUUUUAUUUGGCUGGACUGGACGCAAUUGGGGUAGUGACGUAUUUGUGUGGCAUAUUCUCUUCAUCUUCAACAUGAGCUAUGUAUCGGUGGAAUUGAUGCAGUACUACUUGGCGAAUUUUGCAUCUGGUGGUUUCGUGGAAAUGUUGCAACCAAAGGAAUCGUAUUUCAAUAAUGAUCACUAUUCCGCAGAUACAUACAAGUCGAAUGAUGCAGAUAUGACCUUUCCUUACCAUAUCUCGUGGUUCAAGGAAACUUGCAAAGUGCCAAUACUUGUGUUUAUAGGUGACGAUGACUAUCUCGUUGAUGGAAAGCGAUUAAUCUCGCACAUGCAACACUAUGAACCAGGUUAUACGGAGGGCCAAACUUUUAAGCACUUCAACAUCCCCACGUAUAAUCACCUAGACAUUUGUUGGGCCGAAGAUGUUAUUGGAACUAUCGGUUAUUUCGUGUGCAAAGAAUGGGAGCAGUUGGAAAGAAAUAGAAACGGAGAAGGCGGCGAAAAAGUGGCAAGUAGUGAAAUCAUCAAUGAGUAG